AUGGCAAUCAAUCGAGGGAUUGUUGUCAUCUCAGGCGGGAGUGCGGCGAACAAUCUGGUCGAUGUAUUCAACGCCGUCCGUGAAAGCAAGAACUGUUCACUUAGCUAUAUCAUUCCAAUCAGUGAUAAUGGAGGAUCCUCUUCCGAAUUGAUUCGAAUCUUCGGCGGCCCUGGGAUUGGUGAUGUACGGAGUCGACUGGUACGCUUGAUACCGGAUUCGCCAGCAAAUCCUGAGAGGUCAGCAGUCAAGGCAUUGUUUAACCAUCGGUUGUCUGCGGAUACAGGUAUCGCAACCAAUGAAUGGCAGUCCAUCGUGGACGGCACAUCUGGGCUAUGGACAGCCAUCACCCCCGCAAAGAAAGAGUUGAUACGCUCAUUCUUCAAUGUGUUAAACCUGGAGAUUCUGAAACGAGCUCGACCGCCAUCAUCCACCUUUGAUUUCACCUCUGCCAGUGUGGGGAAUCUUUUCUUGACUGCCGCUCGGCUGUUCAGUGGAAGCUUCGAAAGUGCCAUCUAUCUACUCGGGAGCAUUUGUGGCGUCCCGUCAGACCUGGUGCGCGUAAUCCCAGCAAUCAACUCCAAUUUCUCCCACCAUAUCUCUGCAUCGCUUGCGGACGGAACUGUCAUUGUCGGCCAGAACAGCAUCUCGCACCCAAGCGAGGCAACAGCCCUUGAGCAAAACUCCCGCUCUAGAAGACCGAGUUUGUUGCUUGCCGAUGGAGAUGAGGUGGAUUACACGGAUUCUGAAAUGUCAGACCCGACUACAUACGAAGAAGAUCAUCUUCCCGGCUCUCUGGCAACUCUCCGCAACAAGAAUAUCAAGUUCAGUAAAACCGAGAACGAAGAUUUGAGUUCCAGGAUCACUCGCAUCUGGUACAUCAACCCCUACGGCCAGGAGAUCCGACCGCCCGCCAAUCCGCGAGUGCUGGAAGCAAUAAACGACUCCCAGGCUAUUAUCUACAGUAUUGGAUCUCUCUACACAUCAAUCAUCCCUGCUAUAGUCCUACGAGGCGUAGGCAAAAGCAUCGUCUCCAGUCCAGCCCGGCACAAAAUUCUCAUUUUGAACGGAUCAUUGGAUCGGGAAACGGGACCUCCAUCCGCACCCUUUGCCGCGUCUGAUUUUGUGGAAGCGAUCGUAAGCGCCGGAGAAGAAAGCCGUGGACGGGGCCCGAUUGUUCAUGCUCAACGUCAAAGUCAAUCCCCUACGACGAGCUCAGUGCAAGAAAAUGUUCGAACUCAUAGAGCCCUUCCAUAUACCAAAUAUGUGACUCAUGUCUUGCAUCUGGAUGGCCCCGGGACACCGCAUGUGGACCGCGAGCGGCUCACGCAUAUGGGCAUUGAAACGCUUCGUCUUUACGGACGAAAAAUCUUUGUCAAGGACGGGGAUAAGGAGACCGUUGUGGGGAUGCAAUAUGAUCCCACUGCCCUGGUGCAGGCCAUUGAGGUAGUGCUUGGGAAGAAGGGCGAUGCAAUGAUUCGAGGCGGGUUGGGAAAUGCGCUGGGUCGACGGAAUACACUCGAUCCUGCAAGAAGGGACCGGUAG